CUCCCUCCCUUCCCUCCCUCUCUCCCUCUCCCCCUUCUUUCCCUCUCUUCUCUCCCCCUCUCUCCUCUCUCCCUGUCUCUCUCCCUCCCUCCCAUCCUCUCUCUGUCUCUGUCUGUCUCCCCCAACCCUGUCUCUCCCUCCCUCCCUCUCUGUCUCCCUCCCUCCCUCCCUCCCUCCUUCUCUCUUACUCGGAGACAGUCAGAACUCUCCUUCCUGACAGCCACAAACCUACAGCACUGACUGCAUUCAGAGAGCAACCUGCAAACAAAACUUCACAGAAAACUUUUUGUUCUUGUUCCAGAGAAUUUGCUGAAGAGGAGAAGGAAAAAAAAAAAAAAAACCAAAAAAUAAAAAACCCAACAAACAAACAAAAAAAAAAACCUGUGCGUGAGGGGGGAGGAAAAGCAGGGCCUUUUAAAAAGGCAAUCACAACAACUUUUGCUGCCAGGAUGCCCUUGCUUUGGCUGAGAGGAUUUCUGUUGGCAAGUUGCUGGAUUAUAGUGAGGAGUUCCCCCACCCCAGGAUCCGAGGGGCACGGCGCGGCCCCCGACUGUCCGUCCUGUGCGCUGGCCGCCCUCCCAAAGGAUGUACCCAACUCUCAGCCAGAGAUGGUGGAAGCCGUCAAGAAGCACAUUUUAAACAUGCUGCACUUGAAGAAGAGACCCGAUGUCACCCAGCCGGUGCCCAAGGCGGCGCUUCUGAACGCGAUCAGAAAGCUUCACGUAGGCAAAGUCGGGGAGAACGGGUAUGUGGAGAUAGAGGAUGACAUUGGAAGGAGGGCAGAAAUGAAUGAACUUAUGGAGCAGACCUCGGAGAUCAUCACGUUUGCCGAGUCAGGCACAGCCAGGAAGACGCUGCACUUCGAGAUUUCCAAGGAAGGCAGUGACCUGUCAGUGGUGGAGCGUGCAGAAGUCUGGCUCUUCCUGAAAGUCCCCAAGGCCAACAGAACCAGGACCAAAGUCACCAUCCGUCUCUUCCAGCAGCAGAAGCACCCACAGGGCAUCUUGGACACAGGGGAGGAGACCGAGGAAGUGGGCUUAAAGGGGGAGAGGAGUGAACUGUUGCUCUCUGAAAAAGUGGUAGACGCUCGGAAGAGCACCUGGCACGUCUUCCCUGUCUCCAGUAGCAUCCAGCGGUUGUUGGACCAGGGCAAGAGCUCCCUGGACGUUCGGAUUGCCUGUGAGCAGUGCCAGGAGAGUGGCGCCAACCUGGUGCUCCUGGGCAAGAAGAAGAAGAAAGAAGGAGGGGAAGGGAAAAAGAAGGGUGGAGGUGAAGGUGGGGCAGGAGCAGAUGAGGAGAAGGAGCAGUCGCACAGACCUUUCCUCAUGCUGCAGGCCCGGCAGUCUGAAGACCACCCUCAUCGCCGGCGUCGGCGGGGCUUAGAGUGUGACGGCAAGGUCAACAUCUGCUGUAAGAAACAGUUCUUUGUCAGUUUCAAGGACAUCGGCUGGAAUGACUGGAUCAUUGCUCCCUCUGGCUAUCAUGCCAACUACUGCGAGGGUGAGUGCCCGAGCCAUAUAGCAGGCACAUCCGGGUCCUCGCUGUCCUUCCACUCGACAGUCAUCAACCACUACCGCAUGCGGGGCCACAGCCCCUUUGCCAACCUCAAAUCGUGCUGUGUGCCCACCAAGCUGAGACCCAUGUCCAUGUUGUACUAUGAUGAUGGUCAAAACAUCAUCAAAAAGGACAUUCAGAACAUGAUCGUGGAGGAGUGCGGGUGCUCGUAGAGUUGCCCAGCCCAGGGGGAAAGGGAGCAAGAGUUAUCCAGAGAAGACAGUGGCAAAAUGAAGAAAUUUUUAAGGUUUCUGAGUUAACCAGAAAAAUAGAAAUUAAAAAAAAAACAAAAACAAAAACAAAAAAGUAAAUUAAAAACAAAACCUGAUGAAACAGAUGAAGGAAGAUAUGGGAAAAAAAUCCUUAGCCAGGGCUCAGAGAUGAAGCAGUGAAAGAGACAGGAAUUGGGAGGGGAAGGAAAAAUGAUGUACCCUUCAUUUCUUCUAAAAUCACACUGAUGACAUCAGUUGUUUAAAAGGGGUAUUGUCCUUUCCCCCCCUUGCAGUUCCCUUGUGAGCCUUGAAUCAACUAGUCCAGUCUGCAGUAGUGUGGACUAGAACAACCCAAAUAGCAUCUAGAAAGCCAUGAGUUUGAAAGGGCCCAUCACAGGCACUUUCCUACCCAAUUACCCAGGUCAUAAGGUAUGUCUGUGUGACACUUAUCUCUGUGUAUAUCAGCAUACACACCAUACACACACACACACACACACACACACACACUAAUCGUGUGCAGGUGGUCACACUUCCUUUUUCUGUACCACUUUUGCUACAAGACAAAACAAAACAAACAACAUUAAAAAAUUGAGAACAAGCAUGGAAAGAAUGAAAGAUCAUGGAAAAGAGAAACCAAGUUACAUUUCGUUAAGGUGCUUAUGAUCUUAGAACUAUGCAACCUAAUAGGUUUGAAACUGUUUACCUGAGAGAGAACAAAAAGAGAGACUUUUUUUGUAUUGGAAGUAAUCUGAUUAAUUUUUAUUUUCUUCAAGGAGAGAUACUUGAAAGGAAUAUGUUUGUCCAUCUGUUGGAUCCAAACAUUUCUAUAUUUUGUAAAUGUUGUUGUUGUUUUUAAUCGUUUACUAUUUGCACUACAAUGGUGUUUGACCUGUCUAAUCCUUAUUUAACAAGUAUUUUCUUUGGGUGGGGGUGGGGGUGGGGUUUAAGAGCUGCACUUAAUGUGAGCUAUAAAAGAACUGCUACAGCACACAAAAUAGCUAUUUUUAUUAUUAUAAUUAUAAUUAUUAUUAUUAUUUUGUACCUUAAAAAAUAGACACAUACACCAAAGACAUUUGUGUGAGCCUUUAAACAGUCUGUCUGUGGUUGGUAUCAUUUACCAUCAAUAAGUCAGGGGUUGGGAGUAGUGCGGAUUGUGUUCAGGCUUAAAAGACCUGAGAAGUUUGGUUUUUGACUCCUUUUACAUCCACGAAACAGGACAUUUCAUACUGCAUGUACAGUAGUUGUACACUGUUGGAUAUCAAGUUCAAUCAGCUUCAUGGAGCUACAUGCUUGUAUGUGUAUAUAUACAUUGCUUGUGCAUAUGCAUAUCUGUGUGUAUAUAUACAUGUAUUGUACCAUGUCCAUACACAUUUUAAGCACUUCAGGCUGUCAUUUUUUAAUGUCCUUAAAGCAAUGAAUGUUUGUGUGCAAAACACAGUAUUUUUAAGAUGAAUAGGCUAUAGUUUUUGCUUUUACUCUGAACUAGGUGGGCACAUUUAAAACAUUUGGAUGGGAAAAAGCCUGGAAAUUCCAGCAAAUAUUCAGCAAGGCCCUCUUUCGAUGUACAGGGAUCAGACUGCCUCCUCUUUCUUGUCCCUUCUCCCACUUCUACAAGUUAUCCCCUGUGGGGAAAACAGGAUGAUAAGAAAAGCUCUGGGCUGAUAUUUUUCCAACUUACUGUCUAUUGGAAUCAAUCUUAAAUCAGAAGAUUUUUGAGAAAAAAAUAAUACUUAGGCCAGAAUUAGAAUUUAGUGCAUUUUUAAAAAAUGAUUCAGGCUUGGUUGUGAGAUAUAUUACCCAUACCAGCUGGGUAAAGUAAUGUUGUCACUAAUUAAAAGAAUUAAUUGAUGAGAAAGUGCUGAGAGAAAGAGAGAGAGAGAGAGAGAAAGAGAGAGAGAGAGAGAGAGAGAGAGAGAGUAAGGAAAAGAACAGUUAAGAGGAGGCAAAGACGAGGGCAAGUAGUGAAAACCUCUAAUAUUUUAAUUUAUAGCCAAAACUCUUCAUGUGUAAAUUUGUAUUGAUUCAGAUGCAAAGAGGAAAAAAAUAACUUUGUUUUAUAAAUAUCAAAGUACGUGCUUAAAGCCACGUUUUUAUCUAGUUUAUUCUAGUACUUAGCUUGCCUAGAAGAGGUAAUAAAUUAUUCAUUUUUGUGCUUUUGAAAAUACAGAGCCUUAUUUUUACAGACUUGUGUGAAGUUGGCAAAUAUUUUGAAAAAUGGAAAAAAAGUUUCUGAUAAUUGGGAACAAUUAUAUUCAUUAAUAUUUUGUAAACUAUUGAAGCUUUUAGCCCCAUGUCAAUUUGUAGAUUAAAAAAUUAUUAUAGGAAAAGGUAUCAGUGAGAAACGAAACAUUACAAAAAGUGGUUUAUCUCUUGUUGAAAAGUAGACUAAGUUGGUAUACUGUAACGCUAGGCUAUAUGUAGGCAACGUCACUAUUGGGCAAGUUCAUUUACUAUAUUCUAGGGGCCACCCUUUCUUAUGCAGAAAAUAUAAUAGGCACUGCAUGAGAAGAUUGAGAAUGGAUUCUAAUCGGGGUCCAUUGACCUUGGAUAUCAUGCAUGUGGGAAGGUGGGUGUGGUGAGAAAAGUUUUAAGGCAAAAGUAGAUGGCCAUGUUCAGCUUUACAAAAUUUCAUGGAAAACUGGCAGCAUUUUGAACCACGUCUUCUUCGGUACUGGAAUCUGCAGAAACAGUGUGAGAAAUUAAGUCCUAGUUCACUGUGCAGUAGCAGAGAUGGCUAAGGCCAUGGAAAAAGCAGAAAUUUACAAAGACAGCUGAUACCCAUGUAUAGUUCCCAUUCAUCUCAAAUACAUCUGCUAUCUUUUUCAGCUAAGUCCUAGAUAUUUUGGGGUUAACAUGGCGGUUGAUUAGUGACCACAGUUAUUAGAAGCAGAGAAAUGUAAUUCCAUAUUUUAUUUGAAACUUAUUCCAUAAAUUAACUGGAUAUUUAAUGAUUGGGUUAUCAAACACCCAAAAACUGAUUUUGUUUAAUUAAAUGUAUAUGGCUUUGAAAUAGAUGUAUAAAUUGCUACCAUUUUUUGAUAGUAUUGAAAGAUAUCAUUUUACCAUCUAUAAUAAUAUUGGAAAAUACAAGCCCUGUGAACAAGUACUCUUUCACCUAGCAGCAAGAGGCCAAAAGUAAAGGUUUUUAAAUUCUACCAUAUGAGGUUCUUAGUAUGUUUUUUCUUGAAACCAGAGUGGCGCUAUCUAACCUUGCUAUUUCCUCACUCUUUCUCUAAGGCUAAACUCUAGGCUCUUAAAAAUCUGCCCAAACCAAUCUUAGAAGCCCUGAAAAGCAUGUGUCUUCAGAUAUCUUUUAAUAGUAACACAUAUUUUAUGGACCAAACUGACAUUUUCUAUUUUUUUUUUUUCCCCAAAAAGUAGGGUGAAUUCCAGCACGCUGAGAUGGGAAUUUCUUAUCCCAGAAGACCAACCAAUUUCAUGUUUAUUUAAGAUUGAUUCCAUAUUCCAUUUUCAAGGAGAAUCCUUGCAGUCUCCUUAACAGUAGAGCAAAUAAUAUUUUUUUCACCAUUGUGGGAUUGGACUUUAAGAGGUGACUCUAAAAAACAGAGAACAAAUAUGUCUCAGUUGUAUUAAGCAUGGAUCGAUAUUAUCAUAUUCAUUUAAAAAAUGAUUUCCUGUGCACCUUUUGGCAACUUCUCUUUUCAGUGUAGAGAAAAACUUAGUCACCCUGAAAACCCACCAAAUAAAUGAAACUUGUAGAUGUGGGCAGAAGGUUUGGGGGUGGACAUUGUAUGUGUUUAAAUUAAACCCUGUAUCACUGAGAAGCUGUUGUAUGGGUCAGAGAAAUUGAAUGCUUAGAAGCUGUUCACAUCUUCAAGAGCAGAAGCAAACCACAUGUCUCAGCUAUAUUAUUAUUUAUUUUUAUGCAUAAAGUGAAUCAUUUCUUCUGUAUUAAUUUCCAGUGGGUUUUACCCUCUAUUUAAAUGCUUUGAAAAACAGUGCAUUGACAAUGGGUUGAUAUUUUUCUUUAAAAGAAAAAUAUAAUUAUGAAAGCCAAGAUAAUCUGAAGCCUGUUUUAUUUUGAAACUUUUUAUGUUCUGUGGUUGACGUUGUUCGUUUUUAUUUUGUUGGUUUUUUUACUUUGUUUUUUUUUGUUUUUGUUUUUGUUUUGUUUUUGCAUACUACAUGCAGUUCUUUAACCAAUGUCUGUUUGGCUAAUGUAAUUAAAGUUGUUAAUUUAUAUGAGUGCAUUUCAACUAUGUCAAUGGUUUCUUAAUAUUUAUUGUGUAGAAGUACUGGUAAUUUUUUAUUUACAAUAUGUUUAAAGAGAUAACAGUUUGAUAUGUUUUCAUGUGUUUAUAGCAGAAGUUAUUUAUUUCUAUGGCAUUCCAGCGGAUAUUUUGGUGUUUGCGAGGCAUGCAGUCAAUAUUUUGUACAGUUAGUGGACAGUAUUCAGCAACGCCUGAUAGCUUCUUUGGCCUUAUAUUAAAUAAAAAGACCUGUUUGGGAUGUA